AUGACAAUAAUGAUACGGACUAAUGAGAACAUAACAAGACUGUUUGCCAAGAGGGAUACAUGUAUGGAUAGGUCGCCCAUCGAUUUCGACCUGUCACAGUGUGCUGGUGGGUGCUCCAUGCAGAACCUUCGACCCGGGUUCACGCUACAUUUCUCCCGCGGCUACACGGAUCGGAAGGAAGCCACGCGAUUCUUCCAGACAGCAAGACCGAGGCCCCCACAGCUAAAACCACCGAUCGCACAUUUCAGCAGCGCACUCAACAUACUCGAGAUCCGAAGAAGCCCGCUCUGUUACCGUUCCCUUGGAACUCAACUCUCUAUCAUCACAAAUACCGAUCCUCAAACGAAAAAAACACGCCCGGUGACAAAGUUGUCCAGCCUCACGGGUACCGACGAGCCGGCCACCGUUGCCCUCGG